CAUUUUUACUAUAAUCAGAUUGUAAUAAUAUUGUUGAUAUGUGUCAAUAAACAGGCAGUCCCAGAGUACAGUGUACACUAAUAUCAUAUUCGGUAACCUGUGUUGAAUGAUUAUGUGAUAAGUGAUAACAUAAUCAACAUUUAAGUGAUCAACGUCAUUAGGUCCUGUUACUAAGAUAAAUUCAAGAAUUCUCCACCAAUAUUAGCAAGUGUUUACAAAAACUACCAAUAAAAAUGUCGCUAUCAAAACCAGUAAUGAAUUUAGUAGUGUCGUACUUACAGAAUUUAUAUCUGCAUCCCAUAAAAACUAAAGCUAUAACCAGCUGUGUGGUUGGCUCAGCAGGUAGUAUAGCAUCCCAGCUAGUGUCUGGAGAUUCUGUGAGACUUGAUCCUGUUUUAGCCUUUGGUUUAUAUGGGUUAAUAUUCGGAGGAACCAUUCCGCAUUACUUCUAUGAGUUCAUUGAAAGAGUGUUUCCCCAAGAGACGUCAGCAUUCCCCUUAGCAAAGAAGCUGUUAUUUGAAAGACUGAUCUUUGCACCCUUCAUGCAGGCGUUCUCUUUAUACACACUAGCAAGAUUUGAGGGCAAGAAUCACAAUGCUGCACUGAAACAGUUAAAUGCGUUAUACUUGACUGUGUUAGAAGCCAAUUGGAAAUGGCUGACGUUAUUCCAAAUUAUCAAUAUGGCUUUUAUACCUCCCAUGCUACGGGUGCUGUUUAUGAAUCUCGUAGGCUUCGGCUGGGCGAUGUUUGUGGCUUCAAAGAGGAGACAACAGAACAAAGGAAUAAAGAAGGAUUAAUUUAGAGACUGAUAGAUAGAAAUCCGCAGAUUUAUUUCAGAAUUAAAGGCUGGAGUGUAAUUAUAUUAUUAUGGGUGUGGAAGAUUUGUAUACUGUUUUUAUAAUGCAUGGGGGUAUUUCUCCGCUCCAAACUAAAGUGACCUUGUAAGUCUACAAAAUGCUGAUAACUAUAGUCUAUUUUUUCUUACUUGCCUUAUAAUGAAAAUAACCUUUUUGUUAUUUUCUAGUGUAAA